UGGUAUAAAUCUCGCUUUUCUCGUGCAAAUCAUGCCACAUGUAAUGAUAAAGCAAAAUAUUCUAGAUAUUGGCCAUUUGCUUAGGAGACAUAGGAGUAGGACGAACGUGACAGUAACGGCUCGAAAACAUGGUAGAGGCAGCACAAGAAUACUUUUGGGGUGUGGAGUUAAGCAAGGAUAAACCAACAUACACCUGGACAUUUGAGGAGGAAGACGAGGAUAAUGAUUACCUUGUACACACUUUAUUCCUGAAAAAUGCUGUGCUAGGAGCGUCGGCAGUUAAAGGAGAAAGAAAUCUUGUACAAAUAGAAACCAAAAACUUUGACAAAACUGAUAUAUCACAGCCUUUACUAUCAUUAACAUUAGGCCAGUCAGAUAUGGUAGGUAACUCUUCAGCUCAUCACACAAUGUUUAAGUUCUUACCACUCUGCUUGAUUUUUAGCUCGUCAGAAUGUUGCAAAGAAUAUAAGGAUCUUGCACUUUCUGCCAGUACAGAAUUGAAUAUCUAG